AUGGCGCCCUCGGGGCUCCUCAUGACGGGUGCCUCCUUCGCUGCCUUCCGGGGGAUGCUAGGGUUGCAGCUGCUGCCCACACCGGAAUCUGGGGCUCAGGACCCUUGGAAGUGGCAGAACAUCUGUGUCUCCCUGGAGCACAGCCUGCUCACUGGGGCCGGGGUGCUGCUCGGGCUGUUGCUAUACCCUCAGAUGGCUGCCGACCCCAUUCAUGGCCACCUGCCCUGGGCCUUGAUGCUGGUGGCUGUAUCUGUAGGUUAUUUCCUGGCUGAUGGAGCUGACAUGCUGUGGAACCAGACCUAGGGCCAGGCCUGGGUCCUUCUUUGUCAUGAUUUGGUGGUAGUGAGCUACCUCAGCACUGCCAUUCUCUCUGGCCACUACCUGGGCUUCUCUGCGGUGUCUCUGCUCCUAGAGCUGAACUGCGCCUGCCUGUACCUAAGGAGGUUGCUACUGCUUUCUCACCAGGCCCCACCAGCCACCCUGGCCCUUUUCUGCCUGGUACCACUGGAGUGGAUGAGCCUGCAGUUGAUCCAGCAGCACCAUCAGGUGCCUCCUGCUCUGGUUGUCCUUGGUGGAACUGGGCUGGCCGCUGCGGGAGCCAUGAGCAUCACACUGGGUAUUCACAUUUUGGUCAGCGAUGUGCUGUGGCUGCGGCCUCAUUCACUCAUCCCUGGGCACAAGGAAACCAGGGGCACCAGGACGUGUGAUGGUGAGCCUGGCACCAGGGAUGAUUCCCCUUUCAUCCUGAAAGACUAG